AUGAAAUUCCGAAUUGAGGAAGAGAGAGAAGGAAGAUCGAAGGUUGAAGGAUCUAGAAGCAAAUAUUCUCCCGCGAGAUUACUUGCACAAACAUUUGGUGCUUUCAUUGAGAGCACGAGUUAUACUCAAUGCGUGCUUAAGGAAUUUGUUCCUCCUAUUUUCCAAUCCAUCGAAUCCUUCCAAACAACCAUGGUUGGAAGCAAACGCUUUAGGAGCAAAACUGCCGCGAUGGCUCAAUCCGUGACGGCCCAAAGCCACUCCACCCAUGAUCUCGCGAUCGACAUGGCGACACCGCCACCUCUCACCACCGUGCUACCUACCGAACUCACAACUGAGACCAUCGCAUCGGCCACUGUCGCCGAGCAUGGUGGAACCUCUCAUCAAGGUGGGCUCACUACUACCAGCGACUUUGGCCCAAUCUUAAAGCAACUUCAAGCAUUCCCUCCAUUGCCUCCACGCCCGACGCACGGGCCCACGUACACAUCCAAUGAAACCCUAGCCCGUGUGCAAUUGGGCUCUACACAUUUCUCUCCUCCCGAUCCAUGA